ACAAACUCACCCUCAUUUGCAAUCGCAUUGAUUUUCUUCUGUGCAAAAGUGUUUUUUAAUUGUAAAAUGUUAGUUUUUCACCCCGAUCUGUUCGUCUAAUAACGUUCCCUUUGCUGUUUCAUUAAGCCGCAUCGUUAGUGCAAUCCGAAAAAUGGAAAACUUUACAGCGGUAGAUAAGCUGGAACCGGACCAACCGAAAGAGGGUCGUUCCGGUGGCUUGGUGCUGCGCCGAGACAAAGGUGAAGAUGAUAUCGUGUUUAAGCAACCGCAAACGUCGCUCCUGGGACUGGACAAACUUGCCGCAGCCCGCCGUGCCCAGCAGAAAAAGGCUAGCAAACUGUCCUUCUACGGGCACGAGGCGGACGAUGGCGAUGAUCCGGACGAACGCGGGUCCGAGCGGAGAAGGAGGGAGCACCAUUCUUCAUCACGAAAGCAUCGCGAUUCGGAGGAGAGGCGCGACAGGGAAGGUAGCGAGCGCCGUAAGCGCAGCCGACGGGAGGAGGAGGAUUAUCAUCGAUCAAACUCACGAAAGUACCGAGAGCGUGCGGUCGAGACGCCUUCCUACAGUGGCGGUGUGAGUGACGUCGCACGGCAGAAGCUGUCCAGCAAGGGGUCGGCAGAGUAUGAUGCGCACCGGAAGAAGGGCAGCCUGUAUGCGACGUCGAAGGAUGAGCAUCGCCGGCGAGAGCAAUAUCGUCCACCGAGCCUACGGUCCGGAUCGGAAUCGCGACGAAGCACAUUCUCCCGGUAUGAGCCAAGCACUCCGCGCAGCAGACACCGUUCGAAGCAACCGUCCAGCUCGAACUGGACCGACGACGAGGAUGAAGAUGGUGAACCGUCCGGACAGCGCUCGUCCUGGGACUUCCCGACGCCGAAACCCUUCUCCGGUGCCGAGUUCACCGAAGCGGACCGCGAACAGUGGAACGAGGAGCAGCUGCGCCUCGACCGCGAAUGGUACGGCAGCGAUGACGAGCGGCAGAUGAACGAAUUUUCUGAGCUCAACUCCCAGUACCUGCAGCAGCGCGAGCAGCAGCAGCAGUCGCGCAACAAUCGGCGCAUUUCCGCCCAGCAGCGGCAGAUCAACAAGGACAACGAGCUGUGGGAAAAGAACCGCCUGCUCACGUCCGGUGUGGUAAUGUCGGUGAACGUGAACGAAGACUUUGACGAGGAAGCGCUCGAGCGGGUGCAUCUGCUGGUGCAUCAUACCGUGCCGCCGUUUCUGGACGGUAGAAUUGUGUUCACGAAGCAACCGGAACCGGUCGUGCCGGUGCGCGAACCGACCAGCGAUAUGGCAAUCAACGCACGCAAGGGAAGCGCGCUGGUGCGUACGUACCGGGAGUUGAAGGAGCGCAAGCGGGCGCAGGCGAAGCACUGGCAGCUGGGCGGCACGAAGCUGGGCAACAUUAUGGGCGUGGCAAAGGAUAAGGACGAGCAGGAUCCGGCCGACGGGGACGAUGAGGCGUACGAUUCGCGCAAGGAUCAAAAGUACGCGGACCACAUUGGCGGGGAGAAGGGUGAGUUUGCGCCGCGCCGGAAGACGAUCCAGCAGCAGCGCCGCUCGCUGCCCGUGUUUGCGGUGCGCCAGGACCUGCUGAACAUUAUACGCGAGAACUCGAUCAUCAUCAUUGUGGGUGAAACGGGCAGCGGCAAGACGACGCAGCUCACGCAGUACCUGCACGAGGACGGGUACAGCCGGCACGGCAUGAUCGGCUGUACGCAGCCGCGCCGUGUGGCGGCCAUGUCCGUGGCGAAGCGCGUGUCCGACGAGAUGGACUGCUCGCUCGGGCAGGAGGUGGGGUACGCGAUCCGGUUCGAGGACUGCACGUCGGAGAAAACCGUCAUCAAGUACAUGACGGACGGUAUACUGCUGCGCGAAAGCUUGCGCGACAAGGAGCUGGACGGGUACAGUGUGAUCAUAAUGGACGAGGCGCACGAGCGCUCCCUGUCGACGGAUGUGCUGUUCGGGCUGCUGCGCGAGAUCGUUGCCAAGCGACGGGAUUUGAAGCUGAUCGUCACGUCCGCCACGAUGGAUGCGGGCAAGUUUUCCAACUUUUUCGGCAACGUGCCGACGUUCACCAUCCCGGGCCGUACCUUUCCGGUGGACGUGUUUUACGGGAAGAACGUGUGUGAGGAUUACGUGGACGGUGCGGUCAAGCAGGUGCUGCAGAUCCAUCUGCAGCCGACCGAGGGCGACAUACUGGUGUUUAUGCCCGGUCAGGAAGACAUCGAAGUGACGUGCGAGGUGCUGGCGGAACGGUUGGGUGAAAUCGACAAUGCGCCGGAACUGUCCAUACUGCCGAUCUACUCGCAGCUGCCGUCCGAUCUGCAGGCGAAGAUCUUUCACCGCUCGGCGGACGGGACGCGCAAGUGCGUGGUGGCGACGAACAUUGCCGAGACGUCGCUUACCGUGGACGGCAUUACGUACGUGAUUGAUUCGGGGUACUGCAAGCUGAAGGUGUACAAUCCGCGCAUCGGCAUGGACGCGCUGCAGAUCUAUCCGAUCUCGCAGGCGAACGCGAACCAGCGGUCGGGCCGUGCGGGCCGUACCGGGCCCGGCCAAGCGUUCCGGCUGUACACCGAGCGGCAGUACAAGGACGAGCUGCUGCAUCUGACCGUGCCGGAGAUUCAGCGUACCAAUCUGGCCAACACGGUGCUGCUGCUGAAGUCGCUCGGGGUGAGCGAUUUGCUGCAGUUCCACUUUAUGGAUCCACCGCCGCAGGACAAUAUACUGAACUCGCUCUAUCAGCUGUGGAUUUUGGGUGCGCUGGAUCAUACCGGGGCGCUUACGCCGCUGGGGCGCCAGAUGGCCGAGUUUCCGCUCGAUCCACCCCAGUGCCAGAUGCUGAUCGUGGCCAACGAGAUGGGAUGUAGUGAGGAGAUUUUAAUCAUUGUAUCGAUGCUUUCCGUGCCCUCGAUCUUCUACCGUCCCAAGGGACGGGAGGAGGAAGCGGACAGUGUGCGGGAAAAGUUCCAGGUGCCCGAAUCCGACCACCUCACCUACCUGAACGUGUACCAGCAGUGGAAGAUGAACAAAUACUCCGGCUCCUGGUGCAACGAACACUUCAUCCACGUGAAGGCAAUGCGCAAGGUGCGGGAGGUGCGCCAGCAGCUCAAGGACAUCUACAGCCAGCAGCAGCGGCUAACGCUGAAAUCGUGCGGCACCGACUGGGACGUGGUGCGCAAGUGCAUCUGCUCGGCGUACUUCUACCAGGCGGCCCGGCUGAAGGGCAUCGGCGAGUAUGUGAACCUGCGCACGGGCAUGCCGUGCCAUCUGCAUCCCACCUCGGCACUGUACGGGCUCGGCACCACACCGGACUACGUCGUGUACCACGAGCUGAUCAUGACGGCGAAAGAGUACAUGCAGUGCGCGACGGCCGUGGACGGGUACUGGUUGGCCGAGCUGGGCCCGAUGUUCUUCUCGGUGAAGGAAACGGGCAAGAGCGGGCGGGACAAGCGGCGCCAGGCGGUGGAGCACCAGAACGCGAUGGAGGUGCAGAUGCGGGAAGCGCAGCAGCAGAUGGAGCAGCGCAAGCAGGACGAGGAGAAGCACAAGUUCACGAUCAAGCAGGAGAUCGUGACGCCGGGCGCAACGCCGCGCCGUACACCGGCACGGAUUGGGUUGUAGGAAGUUGGAAGCGGAAAUAAAAGGAAACUAACAGUGUUUUAUUAUUAAUAAUGA